AUGUGGCUUGACCGCAUGUCCGGUCAUUCGACCCCUCCAGGACCUCCGAUUGAUAGUCGCAGCAAUUCCCCCCUUCCUCGACGGCCAACUUCUCGUCUAUCCCCCUAUGCACAAAAUAGUCGCCCGCACCCGAGUCGACCUGGAUCGUCCUUGUCUAACUUACUCACCCCUAGCGACUCCACUAUAUCUCUCUCCGCCACCCCACGUGGCGAUGACUCGGAAACGCUGGCGGAAGCAGAAUCGCCUGUCUUAUCUUCUACACCUGAAGCAAAGCCGUCGCAGUUGGUGGCGGAGAUCGACUUUGGAGACCUCAGCCUCGAGGAGUUUGUCACGAAACCAGAUGAGCCGAGGAGGGUUUCAAAUAGCGACAUUGGAGCGCAAACAAUCCAACAGUUCGAGAAGGAAAGAGAUAAAUUUCAGGAUCUACAUUCGGCUAUCACAGGCUGUGACGAUGUUUCUAAAUCGGUAGAAAAGUACCUGAAUGACUUUCAGACUGAGCUCGGUGCAGUUUCGGCGGAGAUAGAGACUCUCCAGACUCGAUCCAUACAGCUGAAUGCAAUGCUGGCGAAUCGACGCAAUGUAGAACAACUUCUAGGGCCCGCUGUGGAGGAAAUUUGCAUCGCUCCAAAAGCUGUUCGACUAAUUGUAGAGGGGCCGAUUGAUGAGAAUUGGGUCAAAGCGCUGAAUGAGAUCGAGAGCCGGGCAGCGACUAUCGAAGCCAAAGCUUCUAGCCCCAGUAGCACCAAGUCGGUCGAGGAUGUUCGUCCACUGCUGAGUGAUAUCAAGAAAAAAGCAGUUGAGAGGAUCCGGGACUAUCUGGUCUCACAGAUCAGAGCCCUGCGAUCCCCAAAUAUCAACGCCCAGAUUAUCCAACAGCAGCGCUUGGCUUACAUCAACACGAUGCGGUGGUAUUAUCUAUCUCAUUUUACUCGCUAUCUUCAAGCGCUUGAGAAGAUCAAGGUGUACCCUAGCGAUCGAAAUGAGGUUCUGGGGGGAGAUCCCUCAGCUCCAAAAUCAGGGAAUCUUGUCCCCGGUGGGCGGACUGGUCCCGCGGCUCAUGACCCAUUCUCGCUCGGCAGGAGAAUUGAAGUCUUGCGAACUAGUAAUCACAUGGCCAUAUCUUCAUAUGUGGCAGAGGAAGACACGUCUUUCCACGGAAUUGAGGUCCCUUUCAGGAACUUCAACCUGGCUUUGAUGGACAAUGUCUCUGCCGAAUACUCCUUCAUGACGGAGAUGUUCUCCACUUUGUCCUUCCAGCAGAUAUCCCGCAAAGCUACUGAAAUAUUCGACCCGGUCUUUGCUCUUGGGCAAGGACUGACCAAGCAGUUAGUCGAGCACACGACCGACUCUCUAGGCGUCCUAAUUUGCGUACGGUUGAAUCAGCAGGCUGCCUUUGAACUCCAACGUCGAAAAGUACCCGUUGCUGACGCGUACAUCAAUGGUAUAAACAUGCGGCUCUGGCCGAGGUUCCAAGUGAUCAUGGACCUUCACUGCGAGUCUUUAAAGCGGGUAGCUUCGCACACAGGCCGAAGUGCCGUAUCCGCCCUAUCUCUGACUGGCGGGGAUGACUUGAACCAAUCCUCAGCGCCCCACUUCCUUACGCAGAGGUUCGGUCAGUUGUUGCAUGGCAUCUUGGUGCUGAGUAGUGAAGCUGGAGACGACGAGCCGGUGUCUAAUAGUUUGUCGCGGUUAGCAGCCGAGUUCGAUAACCUUUUGGCGAAACUGAGCAGGAUCGGCGGCGAUGCGAAGAGACGGGAAAGAUUCCUAUUUAAUAAUUAUUCUUUGAUUUUGACUAUCAUCAGCGAUACCCAUGGCAAGUUAGCAACCGAACAGAAAGGGCAUUUGGACGACAUGUUGAAGAAUGUUGGAAAGCGUGGUUAG